AUGCCUUUGAACACGACGGAUUCAACUGGAGCAGAACUCGCGAAGCAGGUACCAUCCGAUGGCUACCUCAUCUUUUAUUCAUCCGUUGUCGAUGGUCAACUUUGGUGCCAAGACUGCCGAGCCGUCGAAACGCUGGUUGAAGAUUCUUUUUCUUCAGCUGACGCGCCAUCUGCGUUGAUUGUUUACGUCGGGGACAGGGCUACAUGGCGAGGAAAACCUUCACAUCCUCUACGUAGUGAACCAUGGAAGGUUACGGGAGUUCCGACAAUCGUGAAAUUGAAAGAUGGAAAGGAAGAAGGACGACUGGUAGAAUGGGAAGUCGUGCCAAACCUCAAAGAAUUGCUCGGGGCACAAUAA